AUGGCCCCCGCUGUCGGUAUCGAUUUGGGAACCACCUACUCCUGUGUGGGUGUCUUCCGUGAUGACCGCAUUGAAAUCAUUGCCAACGACCAGGGUAACCGCACUACCCCCUCUUUCGUGGCUUUCACCGACACCGAGCGUCUCAUCGGUGAUGCCGCCAAGAACCAGGUCGCCAUGAACCCCCACAACACCGUCUUCGAUGCUAAGCGUCUGAUCGGUCGUCGUUUUGGCGACGCUGAGGUCCAGUCCGACAUGAAGCACUGGCCCUUCAAGGUUGUCGAGAAGGGUGGCAAGCCCAUCGUCGAGGUUGAGUUCAAGGGCGAGGCCAAGCAGUUCACCCCCGAGGAGGUCUCCUCCAUGAUCCUCACCAAGAUGCGUGAGACCGCUGAGGCUUACCUCGGUGGCACCGUCAACAACGCUGUCAUCACUGUCCCCGCCUACUUCAACGACUCUCAGCGUCAGGCCACCAAGGAUGCUGGUCUCAUUGCCGGCCUGAACGUUCUCCGUAUCAUCAACGAGCCCACCGCCGCUGCCAUUGCCUACGGUCUGGACAAGAAGGCCGAGGGUGAGCGCAACGUCCUCAUCUUCGAUCUUGGUGGUGGUACCUUCGAUGUUUCCCUCCUGACCAUUGAGGAGGGUAUCUUCGAGGUCAAGGCCACCGCUGGUGACACUCACUUGGGUGGUGAGGACUUCGACAACCGCCUCGUCAACCACUUCGUCAACGAGUUCAAGCGCAAGCACAAGAAGGACCUCACCUCCAACGCUCGUGCUCUCCGUCGUCUCCGCACCGCUUGCGAGCGUGCCAAGCGUACCCUCUCUUCCGCUGCCCAGACCUCCAUUGAGAUCGACUCUCUCUUCGAGGGUAUCGACUUCUACACCUCCAUCACCCGUGCUCGUUUCGAGGAGCUCUGCCAGGACCUCUUCCGUUCCACCAUGGAGCCCGUCGAGCGUGUCCUCCGUGACGCCAAGAUCGACAAGUCCUCCGUCCACGAGAUCGUCCUGGUCGGUGGUUCCACCCGUAUCCCCAAGAUCCAGCGUCUCGUCAGCGACUUCUUCAACAAGGACGCCAACAAGUCCAUCAACCCCGAUGAGGCCGUUGCCUACGGUGCUGCCGUCCAGGCUGCUAUCCUGUCCGGUGACACUUCCUCCAAGUCCACCAACGAGAUCCUCCUGCUCGACGUUGCCCCUCUCUCCCUGGGUAUCGAGACCGCUGGUGGUGUCAUGACUGCUCUCAUCAAGCGUAACACCACCAUCCCCACCAAGAAGUCCGAGACCUUCUCCACCUACUCCGACAACCAGCCCGGUGUCCUGAUCCAGGUCUACGAGGGUGAGCGUGCCCGUACCAAGGACAACAACCUGCUCGGAAAGUUCGAGCUCACUGGCAUUCCCCCCGCCCCCCGUGGUGUUCCCCAGAUUGAGGUCACCUUCGACCUUGAUGCCAACGGUAUCAUGAACGUCUCUGCCAUCGAGAAGGGCACUGGAAAGACCAACAAGAUCACCAUCACCAACGACAAGGGUCGUCUCUCCAAGGAGGAGAUCGAGCGCAUGCUUGCUGAGGCCGAGAAGUUCAAGGCUGAGGAUGAGGCUGAGGCUUCCCGUAUCCAGGCCAAGAACGGUCUCGAGUCCUACGCUUACUCCCUCAAGAACACCAUCAACGAGGGCAAGCUCACCAUCAGCGAUGAGGACAAGCAGAAGGUCACCUCCAAGGUUGACGAGGUCAUCAGCUGGCUCGACAGCAACCAGACCGCCGAGAAGGACGAGUACGAGGCUCAGCAGAAGGAGCUUGAGGGUGUUGCCAACCCCAUCAUCUCCGCUGCCUACGGUGGUGCCGCUGGUGCCGCCCCCGGCGGUGCUGCCCCCGGUGCUACCCGCACUGCUGACGAGGUCGAGGAGCGCCCUGAGGAGCUCGACUAA